CCGGGGUUGGCGUAUUGUCGUGAAUUCAUCGGUGCGCGCGACGCCGAGUUCGUCGAAAGCGCGUUACUGCGCGAGCCCGCGGCGUGGUGGACGAAAGGACGCGGUCGAAGGGUGAUGAACGCGGGCGGGACGUCGCCUUCGAGGUUGUAUCGCGAAGGCGAUGACGAGGCGAUUCCGACGUACCUGCGCGAACUCGUGGAGGUUUUGGUACGACGGAAAGCGAGCGAGCGCGCGGCGAAUCACGUGCUGGUGAAUGAAUACGACGCUGAUGGAUUCAUUUCGCCGCAUUCAGAUGGGGACGUGUACGCGCCCGAUGUGCAAAUUUUGACGCUACGGUCGAGCGCGUUGAUUGAGUUUUGGCCGGCAGAGGGCGCGACGGCGGGAGACUUUGAUGAGUGUGACAAUAUCGAUGCACCGCGGCCGGUCGUGAGCGUGUUGCUUGAACCUAGAAGCUUGUUGAUGUACCGCGGCGAAGCGUAUCGCUUACGUCACGGUAUUCGCGCGCGAGUAAAAGACGUAGUGGCUGCAGAAACGGCGAACGCACGCGAAUUAGGAUUAGAAAUAGGCGACGUCGUCGAACGUAAUCCCGCGGGGCGGCUCAGCGUGGUGUUCGUGCGAAAG